CAAGAAGAGACUAGAAAUUUUCCCGAGAGAUAUCCAGAAGCAAGUCACCGAGGCAAAGAGAAUGGGGACUCUUCCAGACUUAAGCGCGAUGCUAGCUGCUCAACUGGGACUGGCUAGCGGGGGCGGGCCCUCGACGGCCGUCCCUCGUGCUGACGAGGUUCCUCCUUCCGAUGCUGCAAAUACUGGAAAAGGUAGGAAGAGGAAGAGGGGUAACUCGGGUGUCGAGGAGAGUGCUGGGGAGGCGAGUGGCGUCCCUCUUUCCGGUGAUCCUCAGAAGAAGAAGAAAAGGAGGAAGAAGACCAAGAGGUCUGUUGAGGUUCAGUCGGAGGAUCCCGAGGAGCCAACUGGAGCUGAGGAGGAAGAAGAAGAAACCCAACCUGAAGAGGAGGUUUCUGAGGCUGAAGUCUCGAGAGAGCGAGACGAAGCGGGGGAAGCAGAUGGAUCUGAGGAUUCCCUUAACGUCGCCGUCCUGGACGGUUCUGAUGAAGAUAGCGGAGAGUCGCCGCUUUUAAUGAGGAGGCACAACGAUGAGAUCGACGAUGAAGUACGAUCUCCUACUUUGGCGUCUCCUCGCGAGGGAAUCCCAGCUAUUACUGGGACUGGGGCCGUUCAGAUCGGCACGUCUCCUCGCGGCUCUGCUGUCUUAAGGAGGGCUCCCGGGAUUAACUUUCCGGACAAAGUCUCCUUCCACUACGAGGGGCCGGCCCCUCUGGCGUAUGUUCCCGAGAAGUGCGGGGAGUUUCUUCGCCAACUCAGGGGGAGGGCGAAACCUCUACCUGCCGUGAAGGACCUCAUCUUUGGGAGUGAAUACGAGGAGGCUGCGAGGGCAAAGCUGCUGGGAGACGGCGCGAUGAAUGUCGUAAUCGACAAAUACGACACUGCCCUGAAAGGAGUCUCGACUGAACUUGAGCUGGCCAAGAAGGAGCACGCGGAGAAAGAGGAAGCUUCUGCUCGUCGGCUAAGUACGUCAAAGGCUAACGUUGAGAGGCUCAAUGGGAUGGUCACUCGCACGAUAGCUCGAAGAGACGAACUCAAGGCCGAUUUGGUGGCGUCUCGCGGGGUUAUCCAUGAGCUCGAGCAGAAGAAUGCCGAGCUCGAGAGCGAGAAGGCUUCACUCGCUGCAUCUCAUGAAAGAGAGAUGAAGCGCCUUAGGGAUUUCAGGAUCUUGGAAGUGACGAAGGAAAGAGGAAGGGUUGAAGCUGAGAUGUCUGCAAAGGCUAAUCGUCGCUUCGCCAAGAUUCGCUCCCGAGAGGAACGCCGAAGUCUUUACGACAAGGCUCGGUUGCUUCAUAGCCAAGCUUUUGGGACCAGGAAAUGCCUUGAAGCCUUAAAGAGGGCUGGGAGCGACAUCUUGCAAGCCACGAUCGAUCUUUUCGCGGAGCAAGAGAAGAAGUACGAGCAGGAGGCCGAGGACCUCAAGGUUGGCGAGAUACCCGAGGGGGAUCUCACGCUUUCUCCUCUUGUACUGGAUUCCCAGUUUGUAGAUGCUCGUAUUUUGGCGAGUCUUGAUCCUUACGGGUCCAACGCCAGUCUGAUUGACCCAGAGACCGCAGCAAAUCUUGUUACUCUGCCUUCUGAUCCAAUCGAUGGACGUCGUGACGAGCCGACGCCUUUUGUAGAGGGUUCUUCGGCUGCGUUUGAGGGGGAGACGCCUAAUCGGGGGACCAACGCUGCUGAAGACGGUGCUCCUGUCCUCGUGCUCUCGGAUACUUCGGCUGAAGGAUCUCGUCGAGGUAACGAGGAGGUUGCUCACGAGUCGAGUGUUAGGGCUUCGGAGCUUUCUGCCCUCAACGAUCGUGAGAGCGACCGAGAGGAUUAGCGUCUCUUGUAUGUUGUUUUCUUUCGAGUCUUAUAUGACUCAUUGUUGUAACUU